ACUGUGUGGAGCUGGGCGUGAGAUCUGUGAUUUUUAAAUGUGUAUGGUUAUAUUUGCUCCGAUUUUUGCCAUCUGUGCUUUUGCAUCAUGUGGAGGAUACUAUGGUCAUCUCCAGGUUAAAGUGGACUGUUCAGACAGGAGGCAGAGUAACCUCAGCAUCGACAUUGAUUUUGGCUAUCCUUUCAGACUACAAGAAGUGCAUUUUAAGGCUCCCUUGUGUGAGACAAAGAGGGAAGAGAUCCUUUUCCUGGAUGGCGACUUUUCCUCAGCUGCUCAGUUUUUCCUGACUGUUGGUGUUUUUGCUUUCCUGUACUCUCUGCUGGCAACCAUCGUCUAUGUCUUUUACCAGAACAAGUACCUGAAAAACAACAGAGGCCCGCUUGUGGAUUUUGUCGUUACGGUCAUCUUCUCCUUUAUGUGGCUGAUCAGCAGUUGCUGUUGGGCCAAAACUCUUUCUGAUAUCAAGACAGUCACAAACCCGACACAGGUGCUUUUGCUCAUCUCAGCCUGCAGAGCUCAGCAGAAUAAAUGUAUGGCCACCCGGGAACCUCUCUGGUCACAACUUAAUACAUCUGUGGUUUUUGGUUUUGUAAACGUCGUCCUCUGGGUUGGAAAUAUUUGGUUUGUCUUCAAAGAGACAGGCUGGUACAAGACAGGUCAAAGAUAUCCAACCAGGAGUGCUUCUGGGAAACGCAGCAGUGAAAUGCGACAGCGGCUGUAUAGUGAGAGCAGCUUCGAACAGCCGGAGGAGGGUCUUGGUCCACAACCUUCCAGACAAGACAGUUUUAAUCAGCAGGUCAACAGACAAGGUAGCUUCAACCAGUCACAAGUAAGCUUGAGCUUACCGCACGCAUAUCUCGGCAAACCAGUAAAUUAUGACAGGGACAAUAAAGUGUCUUCUCAAGGGCCGAUUAUAUUUGUCAACAAGAUGUGAUGUUGCUCUUGGUAUAGACCGAAUCCCCGUGACGUUGCGCUAACAAAACAAUCCCUUCCGAGUAGACAAGUUGAUUUGCUUAACACUUUAACAUAACCAUCACUAAGAAAUGGUAAAUUUAACAUCAGUUAAACUAAAGCAAUAGU